AUGCCAACUAAUGUAACUUCAGAUCAGAUGGAAGUAUUUCAAUAUAACUUUCUGGGGUCCUAAUACUACUACUGCUGUGUAUUUCAGCAGUAGUAUUUGUAGUGCUGGUACCUGGGGGCCUCUAAAAGCACCAUGACUCGGAGCCCUCCCUGGCAGAACCUGUUUUAUCAUGAAGUAACUGUGUAUGCUCUGCUUUCCCUCCCCAGGCAGCCAGGGCUGGAACAGAAGGGGGGAGCCAGUGCUGCAGGUUGUGUCCGGUAGGGCGCCUCCAUGCUGUUGAUGUCAGGAGCAGAGGAGGGGGACUGAGGAAUGACGGCGGUCCGGAUCAACCAAAAACCACCGGGCUAACUUAUUGCUGUGGUUGGUUAACUCACUGAAGAAUGCAGCCCCAGCCCUCCUAGCGUCGCAUGAACUCACGCGGAGCCCAGUUUUGCCAUCGAUCUUUCAUUAAUGGGACAACGAAAACGCAAGAGACGCAAGGUAGGCUGCCGCUGCUGUCGCCACUUCGCCCUCGUCAACUCAGCCGAGUCAGAAAUGCGUCCAGCCCGAGCACUAGCCUCCUCUCUCGGCCGCACGCGAGCUGCUUCCACAUGAGCUAAACCCACCGCGGCGCUACCGUGUUUUUGGGGGGAGAAAGACGACGGCUCUCCAUGCCUCAGCCGAGCGAGCACAUGAGAAGUCGACGUCCGGAAUAGGUCCGAACUGCAAACAAAGGAGCCUUCUUUUUGUGCGACUGGAGCCACCGACGUGGAGAAAAUGCGUGCGGUUGGGUUGUUUUGGAUGUGCUGCUGGUGCUUGCUUCGUCCUGGUGUCGCCGGCCAAGGGCAGUCCACUCCGGCUGCGUGUUCGCCCUCAUGCAGCUGCGACGAGGAUGGAGGCGCCGACUGCUCGGGGAGAGGACUGGUCACCGUCCCGGCCGGCCUCAGCGCUUUCACCCGCAACCUUGACCUCAGCAUGAACAACAUUACUGAGCUGCCGGCAUUUGUGUUCAAGAACCUGCCGUAUCUGGAAGAGCUGCGCCUUGCGGGGAAUGAUCUCUCUUCCAUCCAUGCUGAGGCCUUGUCUGGACUGCAUCAGCUCAAAACCCUUAUGCUGCAAAAUAAUCAACUCAAGAGCGUGCCCAGCGCUGCCCUGAGAAGCCUUCAUUCACUCCAGUCCCUUCGGCUCGAUGCCAAUCACAUCACUGGAGUCCCAGAUGAUAGUUUCGAGGCUCUCCAACAGCUGCGUCACCUGUGGUUGGACGACAACAACCUGACUGAGGUGCCCAUCGGCUCCCUGAAACACCAGGCCAACCUGCAGGCGCUGACUCUGGCCCUCAAUCGCAUCACGUACAUUCCAGACAAUGCCUUCGCCAACCUCACCAGCCUGGUCGUGCUGCAUCUUAACAACAACAGAGUCAAGAAAUUGGGUGACAAGUGCUUUGCCGGUCUUGUGAACCUGGAGAUAUUAGAUCUCAACUUCAACGACCUCAAAGAUUUCCCCAAGCCGAUAGAGUCGCUUCCCAAACUGAAGGAACUGAGCUUUCACACCAAUGGCAUUUCUGCCAUACCUGAGGGGGCUUUCCGUAAUAACCCCCUGCUGCGGACCAUGCAAUUUUACGACAACCCUCUGUCCUUCGUGGGCCGGACUGCUUUCCAGAACUUAUCUGACCUGCACUCGCUAAUGCUGCGCGGAGCCAAUAUGAUGACAGACUUUCCAAUCCUCCUGUCAACCAACAACCUUGAAAGCUUGACUCUGUCAGGAACGAAGAUAUCUUCGGUCCCUGCUAGCUUGUGCGAUGACCUGAAGCUGCUCCGGACAUUAGACCUGUCCUACAACGGGAUCGAGUCCAUCCCGUCCCUCCAGGGCUGCGGCCGACUGCAGGAGAUAAGCUUCCAGCAUAACCGCAUUCAGCAGCUCAACAGGGAUACUUUUCAAGGUCUCACCAUGCUUCAUUUGCUAGACCUGAGCAGAAACCAAAUCACAGUGGUCCACAGAGAUGCUUUCCUCACCCUCACCGCGCUCACAAACCUGGAUCUAAGUAUGAACUCCCUGACUACCGUUCCAACAAGUGGACUCAGUGCCCUCAGUCAACUCAAGCUCUCUGGGAACCCCAGGAUGAAAAAUGUCCUGAGUACAACCAAUUUGCCAAAACUGAGGUCCAUCUCUGUGCCGUACGCCUACCAAUGCUGCGCCUUUGUGGAAUGUGAUUCGGUCAGCAGUUCUUCAGACGACGCUGACGUCAAGAAAUCAGCAGAUGACAUUGAAAGACUGUCAGUGGACCGGCACUGUUCUCCUUCACCUGGAGCGUUUAAGCCUUGCAGACAUCUGCUGGGCAACUGGAUGAUUCGCCUGACCGUCUGGUUCAUCUGCCUGGUGUCGCUGGUGUUCAACAGCCUGGUUCUGGUCGCCGUCUUCUCCUCUGCGCACAGCCCGACGUGCCGGUCUCACCCGGCGAUUCCCGGCCUCUCUCCUUCCCGGCUGCUGAUGGGCCUCCUGGCGCUGGCCAACCUGCUGACCGGCCUGUACGUGGGGGUGCUGACCGUGCUGGACCUCGCAACCUGGGGCUCCUUUGCCGAGUUCGGCGUGUGGUGGGAGAUGGGGCCCGGCUGCAAGGCGACCAGCGUGCUGGCCGUCUUCUCGUCAGAGUGGGCGGUCCUGCUGCUGGCGUUGGCCGCCGUGGAGCGCAGCGUGGCUGUGCGGGACAUUCUAGGGAAGGUGAUGAUGUCGCCCAGGCGGGGCGCGCAGCGUGUGCACUGGAGAGGAGCCGGCCGCUUCAGCCUGGCUGCAGCACUGCUGGGACUGCUGGCUGCUGCUGGAGCUGCUCUGUCCCUGCUGGCCUUCAGCGACCAGUCAGCCUCCCCUCUCUGUCUGCCCUUCACCGGCGGCGAGAACCCUGCGCUGGGCGUGACAGUGGUUCUGGUCCUGCUCAACUCGCUGGCCUACUUGUUCACUGCAGCGGUGUACACUCAGCUCUACUGUCACCUGGGAAGGGUGGAGCUGGUGGACCCCGAGCAGACCGGGGCCCUCAGACACGUGGCCUGGCUCAUCUUCACCAACUGCAUCUUUUUCUGCCCAGUGGCGGCCUUCUCCUUCGCGCCGCUCUUAACCGGCUCCACGGCUGGAGGCCCGGAAAUCGCCAAGUCCGUCACUCUGAUCUUCUUCCCCCUGCCCGCCUGCCUCAACCCAGUUCUCUACGUCUUCUUCAGCCCCGCCUUCAAGGAGGACUGGCUGAGGCUACGCCGGCGUUUCACCGGCGAGUCAAAGGACGGAGCGGAGAGUCACCAAGACGACGGCGGCGGAAGCUCCGAGCUGACAGACGGAGGCUCCUCCACUCAGCUGGGCUUUGACUGCGGCGGGUACUCGCAGCUCUGCGUGGACGGAGUGGUGUGUGAACAGUGCGAGGCGGCUCUACACGCCAAGACGUGCACGUCCGCUCGAGUCUGCAGACACUUGGUGAAGUCGCACAGCUGCCCCACCCUCCUGGAGGGGGCAGCAGUGUGCCAGCAGGCGGAGUGCUUCUGGGGAGGCAGCGGCCCGCCCUCCGCCCAGUCGGAGUACACCGACGAGGGGGACUCGUUCGUGUCGGACAACUCGGACCAGGUUCAGGCGUGUGGCAGAGCCUGCUUCUGCCAGAGCAGAGGCCUCCCUCUGGUGCACUACUCCUACAACAUACCUCGAGUCAAAGACUAGCGAGCCCACCGCCAUGGGAACUCUUUCCAUGAAUGAACGACAAAUGGUUGAGCACUUAGGUUUGUAAUUGUUUGCUGACAGAGAUACAGACGAUCAGUUAAAGGGAACUUCCUUGGCCUUCUCAUCCAGUGGUGGUGGAACCCACACAACACGUUGCCACGAGUGCCUCCUGCUUUACUGCUCCGAGCCGACCCUUUGUCUUUGCGAUCUCUGUUUCCACCUGUAUUGAUAAGCUUUUUAAAAAAUUUUUAUACAUCGUCUGUAAAAGUGUCAAGUGUAAUCAUCAUUUUAGAUGUUGAGCGUGAAUGUUUCGGUCAGGUUUUCUUCCUCUCUGACACAUGAGUCAUACAAAUCUGCCUACGGGGCGUCGAUCCAGCAUCUGCACGUCGACUCUCUUUAUAAUACGACAAAGAAUGUGAUCAAUGUAGCGAAUAUCACUGUUUGAGUGUCAGCUGAGCGUGUUGGGUUUGAGUGUUAUUUAUUCUGCAAACAUGGUCGGGGGUGUUCGGGGGGUUUCCUUGUGUCGUCCAUGUUCCUGAGUUAGACUUAAACUGUUCAACAUGGAGAAUCGUGUUUGAUGUCACCAUGUGGUGCGUCGCGAGGAAGCAAACACAUUGGCCAACAUUCAUGCGCCUGAACUACACACGUGUGAGCACAACACCAACUCAGCAAAUCUAGCUGUCUUGUUACUGCUCCAGUGUGAUGACCAGAAACGGUCCAAUACUGGUGGCGCUUUCAUCUUAUGGCAUGGUGUGACCAACAACUUCCAAUUGAGAGAUGUUGAAACAGGCCAAACCAAUCCCUCGCUGUAGGAGGAAGACUGAAGCUCAGCCUACAUCCAGAGAUAAAGUACUCAGUGUUCAGUGUCCCUCGAUGUUUCGUAAGAGUCUCUGAGUGAAACUGAAACCUGCGUUUAACCUUGUUUAAGUUUUGUAUUGAAUUCUUUAUUCCAGUAAAAUGAAUCUAAUCAAAACAAUUCUGCAGUAAACAAACAAUAAUAAUAAUAAUAAUCCAUCUAGAGGAGAACACAAUUUCUGAAUUAAUCGACCUUGAUUUUAUUUUAUUUUUUGUCGUGGUGCAAAUUGCAUCAUAAUAUGUGCUGAAAUAAAUGUUUUUAAAAAACCCUUCAAAACAAAAUGGCUUCAGCACUGUCAUACAGAGGUUCAAAAUUUGACAUUAUCGGCUGAUACUUGGUUCAUUUUGUGAAAGUGGACAAACUGUGUGUGUUGUGGCUUCACCUCUGGGACUGCUUUGUGUGUGUGUGUGUGCGCGCGUGCGUGAGUGAGAGAGAAAGAGAGACAAAGCCUUGGCUGGGGUUUGGGUUGCUGAAGUGUGACUACACUUAAGACGGUUACACCCUUGGAACAUGUAUCCACAAGCACACGUCAUGUGAGCUCCCGAGAAUCCAGAAGACGUAAGGGAACUUUUUUUCUCUCCCUCUCUUUCUCUCUCUCUCUCUCUCUGCUCUCUGACAGGAUGUGCUGAUGUGCCAUCUAGUGCUCCAGUUUGAUGCAUCGCCCUGAAAUUUGCUUCUGCUUUCUCGUGUCUGAUUUUGGUUACGCCUGCGUUAUUGUUGUUAAUUAUUUGAACAGAGAACAAAUAACCAACAGCGGGAAGCUCAAGUCUACCUCCUGGGAUGUCGUGGCUGCCGUCAGUGCUUUGUCAGAGAAAUGAUUUUUUUUUUUUCCUAUCUUUUGUCCUCGAUUUUAAAUCGACAGGAGCGUUUGUACUUUUGCUAUAGUGGGAUGGAUCAAUUUUACUGUAUACUGUGAUUUUAUUUUGGUAAAUCCAAGCCAAACAAUGAACUGCAAAAGGCUGUUUUCAAAUCUUUUAUAGAUUCACACAUUUUUGUUUCUUUUAUAUAUUUGACCUGCUUUACUCUGUUGGAAACAGUUCUGUCAAUUCUGAACAAAUAAAACUCAAAGGAUUAGCUGUUGUGGGGAACGUUUUGUUUGUGUUGUGU